CGUUUUUCUUUCAGCCACCUCCUCCCCUAAUCUCCCACCACGACUCGAGCCACAGCUGCGAGCUCUGCCUUGCAUAAUGUUUACACUCGUCAGCUGAUCGACCGUCCGGCGUUGCUUACAAAACCGUCUGCCUUGUGUGUGCUUUGGGUAACUUGGGUUCACGCGGGCUUAGUGGACACAAGUCUGGACUUUAUAUUCGUGAGCAGCAGUUCCUCCUUCGUUAGCACCGUAACAAAUUAAAGGAUGCUCGAAUCUCGUGAAAUGCCCGAGGUGAAUGAACUGUAAGUGGUGUCACCUGUAUCACUCGCCGGCAGUGUUGAAGGUGGCAGGAGUCACAGCUGAGUGCACAUUAACCAAGCAAUUUUGGGGAGAUAGUGUUGCAGGACUGUGUUGACAUGUUAAUGGAAGACAGUUGUUAUAUUGCUCAUUGUUCUCGGUUUAGUAUGGAUUAUACAACCCUUACUGAACUGUAGCCUCUGAUCUUAUAUUAGAGCUGAAUACUUACAAAGCUUGAAAAUUUAAUCAACUUUAGACAAAAUUUACAUAACGACAAUGACAUUGCCCAUCAAGAAUCUCCCUCAUUUGUGUCAGUUUAUCCUGAGGUGUCACAGCAGACACAGGAGCAUCAUUCCAAGAUGUGUCAGUGCAGUCCAUGCAAACAACUUUGGCUGCCGGUCUUUGUUCACCCAUAACACGGAGACUUAUGUCAAGCUCAAAGAGAAGGAGCUGCAGGUCAACCCAGGCUUUGGUGUCCUUCAUGUCACUGGAACAAUUGACUUUCACAUCAAGCCAACAAAUGUACAGGAAUAUCCGGAUGCAGACCGAGCCUUUGUGGCAGUACACGGCCUGCCCUCUGCAUCUUGUGAGGGCAUCACUGUGGAGCUGACAGGCGAGCAGAGGGACAUCCUAACUGUGUGUGCAACGGCUAAGUCACCAAGUGUUUUUUGUGAAGUGAUGGUACCCAUUAAGUAUGAUCUUGAUGUGAAGUUAAUGGACGAAGGACGGCUCAGGAUUUCACAGAUGGAGUCUGAUGAAAUUAAAGUGCUCACUGAGAAUGGAGAAGUGAACAGUCGUGGCCUCAAGAGUCACAACAUUCACAUCACCACUGAAAAUGGACACAUUACAUCUGAUGGCUCGAUGCAGGGAAAUAUUUUCAUAAAUGCUAAAAACACGCAUUUAAAGGCCAAAAGAUUGCAAGGUCUAGCACUGAACAUAGAAGCCAAGGAGCUGAGCACUGAGAUAGAGUCCUCCUACAUGAACCAGGGUCAGAUCAAGGCUGACAAAGGAACCAUUAAAAUCAACAACCUUCAUGGGUGCACUGAUUUAUUAGUCAAGCAUGGCCAGGUUGUUGUCAAUGGAUUCCAUGGCCAGAUAGCAGGCUUUAUCGGCUCUGGCAAGAUAGAAAUGCAAGUCACAGAUGUCACAGGGCAUUCAACUCUUCACCUGAAGGAAGGCAACAUGAAGCUGUCAGUGCUGGAGGCUCCAAGGCAUGAUUUGGAAGUGAAGGCCCCCUCGCUGUCCUUGAGUGAGGAGGUGAGGGCCUGUGGCACUCUCUCACAAGGCAGCAGUCAAGUGUUCACAAUCAGCAGGAAUGACCCUGAGGCGAGUGCACUGCAGGCCACUGUUGUCAGUGGAGAAGCACAUGUUGAGUGUCAAAACUGGUUUUCCACUCUUGGAAUCAAAUUACCCAACAAAUGAACAGCGUAAUUUGGAGAGAAAAGUAGGUGAUAUAGCUAGGAUCAUGUCAUCUUGUUCCUGUAGUUAUGAAGAAUAUGUUAACUGAAGAAAGAAACAGAAUAAUCUCAAUAAUUUUCAAAUAAUUUAUUUGCUUACUAUGUAAGAUAGCAUAAUUUAUUUAAUUUGAUAAAAGUUGCUUAAUAAUGAAUGAAA